CUCGCGACAUGGUUCAAAGAAUUUUGCUCGCUCCAACCCGGAAGCACUGGUAAAGGGGGAAAGCUCGCUUCAUCGCCCUACUUACCGUUCACAAAUCCCAAGCACCAUAGCCAAGGACAAAGAGACCGGCGAGCGGUCCUUCUCCGCCGCUGGUGAUACGAGAGCCAUGCUUCUUCUCGGGCUUUACCACUUGGUCGCCCUGCUCCUGCUCCUCGUUGCUGCGGGCCGCUGCCUCGCGGCCACCGGCGGCGGCGAUGAUGGCCGGCAGUUCGUCUACAACGGCUUCUCCGGCGCGAACUUGACGCUCGACGGUGCGGCCGGGGUCAUGCCUAACGGCCUCCUCAUGCUGACCGAUGGCAGAAAGGUGAAAGGCCAUGCCGUCCAGCCGUUCCCGCUGCCGUUCCGUACCGCAUCGAACGCCGCCGGCUCCAUGCGGUCCUUCUCGACCACCUUCGUCUUCGCCAUCUUCGGUCCAUACGAAGACCUCAGCAGCGACGGCAUCGCCUUCUUCGUGGCCGCGUCCAAGGAGGUGCUCUCCGCUGCGUCGCCAGGCCAGUUCCUGGGACUACUAAACGAAGACAAUAUUGGCAACCGGAGCGCCCGCAUCUUUGCCGUGGAGCUAGACACGUUCAAAGAUGCCGAGCUCCGCGACCUCAACGACAACCAUGUCGGGGUCGACGUUGAUAGCCUGGUGUCAAUCGAUUCCGCCGACGCCGGAUGGUACUAUGAUGACGGCACCGGGAUGUUCCAGAACCUAAGUCUGAUAAGCCGGAAGCCCAUGCAGGUGUGGGUGGACUACGACAGCAGGGCCACGGAUAUCACGGUGACCAUGGCUCCGUUGGGCGUGGCCAGGCCCAAGAGGCCCCUCCUGCAGACCAACGUCAACCUCUCCGGUGUAGUGCCGAACAUGGCGUACGUCGGGUUCUCUUCGGCAACGAACUUCUUUUCCACACGACACUUCAUCCUCGGCUGGAGCUUUGCCCUGGAUAGACCAGCCCCUGCACUAGACAUCUCGAAGCUGCCACAGUUACCAUCGGCCUGGAGCAACUCACGGUCCAUGCCAAUCUCAAUAAAGAUCGUUCUAGCCUUAGCAUCGGUGACGAUGGUUUCGCUGGGCAUCGGAAUCUACAUCUUUGUAAGAAGGCUGCGUCUCAAGUACUCUGAGGUGCGUGAGGACUGGGAGGUCCCGUUUGGCUCCAACCGAUUUUCAUACAAGGACUUGUUUCAUGCGACCAAGGGUUUCAGUGACAAGAACUUGCUUGGGAGGGGAGGCUUCGGAAGCGUCUACAAGGGUGUGCUUCGAGAGCCUGAGAUGGAGGUUGCCGUCAAGAGAAUGUCACACAAUUCAAGGCAAGGGGUAAAGGAGUUCAUCGCCGAGGUGGUGAGCGUUGGUCGUCUUCGACACCGUAACCUCACGCAAUUGCUGGGCUACUGUAGGCGGAAAGAUGAACUUCUCCUGGUUUAUGACUUCAUGGAAAAUGUUAGCCUUGACAAAUACCUACAUGGUAGAAACGACCAAUUGCUAUGUUGGUACCAGAGGUAUUCAAUCAUCAAAGGUGUGGCAUCAAGUUUGUUAUAUCUACAUGAGGAAUGGGAGCAGGUCAUCAUCCACAGAGAUAUAAAGGCAAGCAAUGUACUCUUGGAUAGUAAGAUGAAUGGAAGGUUGGGCGAUUUUGGUCUUGCAAGGAUCUAUGACCACGAAACCGCCGCUGAAACCACCCAUGUGGCUGGCACCAUGGGAUAUCUUGCGCCAGAACUCUCGCGCGCUGGGAGGCCAACACCCUUCUCUGAUGUGUACGCAUUUGGUGUGUUUCUCCUAGAGGUCACGUGUGGACGCAAGCCAAUCUUCAUUGAUGAGCAAAACAACCGGGUGUUGCUGGUCGAGUGGGUGCUUGAGCACCACCACAACGGCUCAAUGCUCGACACGGUGGAUCCACGACUCAGAGGGGAAUUCAACACAGAGGAGGUAACCAUUGUGCUCAAAUUGGGUUUGCUAUGCACGUACCCGUCGCCCAACGCGCGGCCAAUCAUGCGAAAGGUCAUGCAGUACCUCGACCAUGAUCAAUUGCCUCCUGAUUUAUCACCGGCCUACAUAAGCUACAUCAUGAUGGCACAAAUGCAAAAUGGAGGAUUUGAUUCGCACGACAUGGCAUGUUCUCAGCCUGCGAUGAGUGUCGCCACUUUGUCGGGUGAGUCUUCAGUGACAAUUUUACGAGAGGGAAGGUGAAGCAUGUAUGCAAUUGACCCCCCCCCCCUCUUCCUCCUCUCUGUUGAUUUGAUAAAGGAUGUAAGGGGUUGUAUUAAGAAGCUAUGCUCUGUUGUUGGACUGCUCCGCCCCGCGUGUCUGAACUGGCCGAUUUUCAUUAUUUGAAUGUUGGGUAAUCAAUGUAUGUAUAAGUGAUUAAGAAAUAUUUCAAGCAAAGCUUUGAAGGUUGGACCGUA